AUGGCAAAAAUAACGCGAUGGCGCAGAUGUCGCAGCUCAUUACGAAUGAUUGUUGGAUUCAAAUGUAUUAUGGAAAUACCUUUUUCCCUGUUUACUUCUUCCUAUAUAUGGACAAAUUUCGAAAAUUGGACAAAAGAAAAAGAAGACUUUGUGAUAAUGGAAUUGUCAUAUAAACGGAUU